GAGCAGUUGCAUACCUGAAGAACUUACUCCGAUAAAGCAUGCCGGAGUAUUUCAUGAUCUCGCAUGGAAACGCCUAGCUCGCGAGGUUGUGAAACCGUGGAUGCGCGUAUUGACUAUUUUGAUCCUCAUCAUUUACUGGAUCGUGACCUAUUACGGUAUAUCCAUUGUCGAAACUGACCUCUCCGUACAAAAGCUUGCACCAAGAGAAGCACGAAUAAUUAAGGGUAUGCAAACGUUCGUAGUGGUUGUUACUACACCUGGCGAUCUUCGAGAUGCAAACAGACUCGCUGCAGUGAAAAGCCUGAUUCGCGACUAUGAGACAGCGAGUUAUAGCCUAAAAAAUUAA